GGCGCCUGCCGUCUAGAAGCAUCUCUGUGGCAGCGUCGAAUACACAGGUGCUCAAACAUGGCAACUGAAAGCAUAGAAAAAGCUCUCCAAACAAUAUGUCAAGGAAACCAAAAGUUUACCUUCAGUAUUUAUAAGAUUCUCUCAGAAGUCAAAGGUAACCUGUUUUUCUCCCCAACAAGCAUGCAGGUAAUUUUAGCUCUUGUACAUCUUGGUGCAAAGGGUAACACUGCUCAGGAGAUUGCAGAUGGCUUAUGUCUUCCAUCUGAUAAGGAGACUAUUGAGAAUGGAUUUAGAGAAUUAACAAAUCGUUUGCAGGGGUCUGAUGACACAGUGCUUGAAGUAGCCAACAAGGUUUAUGCACAAGCAAGUUUUCCAAUUAAAGAAGAGUUCAGAGCAUCUGCUGCAAAAUUUUUCGCUGAAGCUGAAGAAGUUGAUUUUAUCAAUGAAACAGAGAAAUCUAGAGUAAAAAUCAAUGAGUGGGUAGAGAACAAGACAAACAAAAAGAUAACAGAGUUGUUCCCUGGAGGUUCUUUGAGCCAGAUUACUUGCCUGGUGCUUGUAAAUGCAAUUUACUUUAAAGGCCUGUGGGAUAUUCCAUUCAUGAAAGAUGACACAUCCCCCAUGCCUUUCCAUGUUUCUGCAACUAAGAAGAAAACUGUAGAUAUGAUGAAACUAAAGAAAAACUUAAUGUAUACAGAGGCAAAACAUCUUGAAGCUCAAGUUCUGAAGCUCAAUUACAAGGGGGGGCAGUUGAGCAUGGUGAUACUCCUGCCAAAGAAGAAUAAUGGUCUUAAGAAAUUAGAAGCAAAGCUUGCAUCUUUGAAUCUAGCUGAUAUUCUGGACAAAAUGUAUGAAGUUAAAGUGGAGGUCUACUUACCAAAAUUCAAACUGGAACAGAAAAUAGACCUGAGAGAUACUUUGGAGAAACUUGGUAUGAAGACUAUGUUUGAUCCAUGUAAAGCAGAUCUCACGGGUAUAAGUGACUCACAACCUGGCCUUGUUGUUAGCCACAUCUUGCACAAAGCUUUCAUAGAAGUAAAUGAGGAAGGCACUGAAGCUGCAGCAGCAACUGGUGCUGACAUGGUUGCAACGUCUCUGCGAACAACUAUACCUCGCCCUGUUGUGUUCAAAGCUGAUCAUCCAUUCCUGUUUCUGCUCAUAAGUAUUGUUAACAAAGCUAUCCUUUUUAUUGGAAGAGUUCAGGAUGUAGAAUCAAGCAAUCCAGAAGUUCUGGGCCCUACCAGUAGCUGUCAGUAUCUGUGACAUGGGUCCCUGUAAGAUCAUGAGCAAUAGUCCUCACCAAGAGACUUUUGGUUAAGCACAAGAAAACCUCUUGCGGUUGAGUUUGUAAACCGACUGCUGCAGCUCACUUAACUGCUAUAAUGCUGCUUUGACAAUGGGUGUAAAUCUGCAUUUUUAUAAUAACUGUCAAUUUUCAAGACCUGUUGCUAUGGUUCAACUGGCCAUGUAUCUCAGAUGGUGAUUGGCAGUUACGAAUACUGGAAGAAGAAGUCAAGACAGUCUUUUGAAUGUAAUGAUGAACUUCACAAAUUAAACUGAUACAGAGUGUGUAUUACAAAUAGUGGUAUAAGACUGCACUACAAAAACACAUGCAAGACUGAGAGCAAACUGAGAGCCAAGAGGCUUUUGCCUUGUCACUUGAAUACAAUACCAGUAAUGAUUUACAUAAUAUACCAUUAUUACAAAACAUCUUUUUCCUCAAAUUACAGUUAAACUUUAUAUGUUUUCUUGUCAGUUUUGUGUGGCAUAAAUUGCAAAAUUGUAUAAAUAGUUUCUUCAGGUAAUAAUAUUACAAACUGUACAAAUAAUCCUUGGCAAAUUAU